GUUCCUUAUUUAGGGUUCCUUAGGUCAACGCCCCGACUGUAGUCCAUGCGGUCUCAGCACCCUGGCGCCGCGCCGCCUCUGGCGGUGCCCCUGUGGCGCUCCGCACACCAGCGCUGAUGUGCUGAGACCGCCCUGGACUCAUCGGAGGGGCCCGUGGAAGGCCAGCUGGGGCUGCUCGGGGGGCCCGUCGAGGCCAGCGGGGACCACCUGGGGGGGCUGUCUGUGCGCAGCCUGGAGCCUGACCACUCGGGUAGGGGAUCGACUACAGCACUCAUCUACAGAUCUGCAGGCGGAGCAUCCCCUGCUCGAGCCACCUCUGCCCCCCCCCCGGCCGCGCCGGCACGCCCCGAUGCCAUGCGGCCCCUCAAGCUGCUCGCCCUCGAGCCCGAGGCCCUGGUCUUCGACCGCGCCGCCCCCGGCGCCGAGGAGCGGGUGUCGAGCACGCUGAGGAUCCUCAACAGGUCCGAGGGCAGCGCCGCCUGGAAGGUGCGGACGACCGCUCCUGAGGCGUGCCUCGUCGCCCCCCGCUCGGGCGUCCUGGGGCCCAGCGAGUCGGCCGAGGCGACCAUCACGCUGCUCCCGUCCCCGCUCGUCCGGCUGCGCUUCGAGGUGCGCGCGGCGGCUGUCCCCGCGGACCGCGGCGAGGUAACUCGGGCCGAUUGGGCGCUGAUCCCGCAGAGCGAGCUUCAGGGGGCGCGGCUCCGCGGCGUGGUCCGCGCGCCCCCGCGCGGCGCCUCCGCGGCCGCCGGGGCGCACGGCGCCGGCGAG